AGAGGGUGUGUUUUAAAAAAUUACAAACAUUUGAGUCAAACUAAUCACUCAUCAUACUGUCUUUAUGAGACACACAGUUACUGUAUUAUUUACAGGUAUUCCACUCAAUUCAAUUCAAUUCAAUUCAAUUCAAAUGGACUUUAUUGGCAUUUGAAACAGACGUUUACAUUGACAAAGCAAUAGUAAAAUAUACAUACAAAUAAAAAUAAAUCAAUAAAAUAUAAAAUGAAAAGAAGACCUUGAAAGGUAGCAAAACUUUCUCUCUAGAUCACCCAUCUGUCAAACUGAAUCUGGCGUUGAGCCCAUAAACCAGUGCUUGCUUCCGGUAGGCUAUAUUUUUCAAAUUAAAGUAGGCUACUGCUAUAAGGUGAAAAGUCAAAGAUGAAAACUCACUGCAAAAUUGUACAAAGUUUAUGUGGGGAAAAAAAUUUUUGUGUUUGUUUACGUGGCCACCUCAAUACUGAACAGUGGUAGAAAGUAACUACUGGUAGGUAGUAGUACUUGUUUAUCCUACAGUUUUGAGAUAUCUGCCUACUUUACUUCUGUAUUUCCACUGCAAUUCACAGGCAACUUUACUUUCCACACCACUACAUUUAUUUGAUAACUUGAGUAAGUUGUUACUUUCAGAUUAAUAAUCAUUAAUAUUAACAAUUAGCUAUUAUAUUAAUAUAUUUAGAGUAGCCUUUAUGAUUCUGAAAUGGGCAAUUCUGUAUAAAUGAGAACUUUUACUGUUGGUAUUUUAACUAUAUUUUGAUGCUAAUACUUUUAUUUUUUCUUAAUUAAUAUUUCAAAUGCAGGACUUUUACUUUUAACAGACUAAUUGUGCUCGUAGAAGAUCUGAGUAUUUCUUCCACCGAAGAUACUGAAAUUGUGCCUCUACAUGAAAAUUAUGUUUUAAUGUUUUUCGCACAUUCCAAAGAUUAUGGACAUGAUUUGUUAAAGGUCAUUGUUAGUAUUGUUAAUGUGUAGGUUACCUAUUAAACAAUGAUCAGGUUUUGAACAAUUAGUUUGAAAAUCAAAAAACCGGAAGCUCUCAGGUGACACCUGUACAUUUUUUUCCUCUUUGGACAGUAACUUUCGCUCGGGGAGUUUUUCCGACGUUUGAAGUUAACUUGCGGUUAACUUAUGUAGGUUCUCCUGAGAGUUUUGUUUAAUGCAAACAGGUUCAAGGAAUAAUAACAACCAAGAAGCUUUUCGACAUAUUAUAACUGUUUAUAGGCUACCUGCGACAUCUGCGACGACAAAGUGAAAGUAACACCUGAAUUCCUGUUUUUCUGAAAUGGCCCCUCGGUUUUUCGUGGCCUAUUUUAUCUUCACCUCUGGCCUAGUUGCUGGAGUGACUGUAUAUCAACUCAAGGGGGAGGAGUUCAGCUUUAAACCACACAUCACUGGACAACCUAAUAACAUUUUGUGGAAACAUAACGGCAACAAAGUGGUAGAGUUUGAUGGCAUCGAGCAACAGGAGUACAGCACGUAUAAAGACAGGGUCAUCCUUGACUGGCACGCUGCUGUACUCAACAUCUCUGACCUCAGAUUUGAUGACAGUGGAGACUAUGAGUUGGAAGCGUUCAAGCCCGGAGGGAAUUUGGAGAGUUCACGUUUUAACUUGAUGGUCAUAGACAAGGUUGCCAAGCCCAUCAUAUCCUGUGAGAUGAACAAUGGCAGCAUCAUAUCUGGAACACUGAUGUGCUCUGCAGAGCCCAGACACCCUCCAUCCUUAAUGAAGUUUGAGUGGAGCUCGAGUGGAGAUGUGCAGCCUGGCCCAAAGUUAACCAUAAACCUCGGAGAGAAACUUGAUGAUGAAGUGUACACUUGUAGUGUGAGCAACCCUCUGAGUACAGAAACAGGUACAUUCACUGCAAAGGAUUGCUACCCAGCAGAUAAAAGUUCAAAUGUAGCAGCGAUUGUCAUCUCUAUAUUGCUUUUACUUUUCAUCAUCAUUGGCCUGGCCGUUUUCUGCAUAAUAAAGAAGAAAGCAUGUACAAGAAAAGGAAAUGAUUUGGAAAAUCAGCUACUACGUGGCCCACCAGAAGAGACGAAGCUCCUAAAUGGCAGACCAGAAGAAGGUAUGGCAGAUAAAGACCCGGGUCGAGAAGAAGAGGGAACACCCUGGCAUGGCUCAGGUGAGUCUGAGGAGCAGUCAGACCUCAGCACAGCAGAGACUGGUAAAGGAACUGAAUGCAAUGUAAAGCUCCUAGAGAAAGGCAAUGUCGCGGCUAAGAGAAAAAUGUAUGAGUCAGAGAAUGGAGGAGAUGCCAAUCCACAGCAGUUCAUUGGGGAACCAGAGAAAAAUAAUCCAGAAUCUGAUUCAUCAAGCUGUGAGAAGAGAAAUGGACCAGAGUCAGAUGGCUCAGAGCAUGAGGCAGAUGAUGAACCUAAGGACACUGCUGGUGAACACAAGGAAAAGCCUGACUCAAAUGAGCUCGCUGUAGAAGCUGCCAGAGAAUCAGAUUCAUUGGCUACCGAGGAGAAUCAGUCAUCCACAGUUCCUGAUAGGAGUGGUUCAGAAACAUCAGUACAUGACCAAGAUUCAAGCUUGUCACAGGAACAAACACACACAAGAGAAGAAAACCAGCAAGAAACAGGCAAACCAGUUUCUGGAGAUGAAAAUCAGAAGCUGCCAGUAUCACCUUCCCAGCAGCCUCAGAGCCCCAAACCAACAACACCUGGCUCAGGUGAGUCUGAGGAGCAGUCAGACCUCAUCACAGCAGAGGCAGGUAAAGGCAAUGUUGCGGCUAGGAGAAAAAUUUAUGAGCCAGAGAACGGAGGAGAUGCCAAUCCACAGCAGUUCAUUGGGGAACCAGAGAAAAAUAAUCCAGAAUCUGAUUCAUCAAGCUGUGAGAAGAGAAAUGGACCAGAGUCAGAUGGCUCAGAGCAUGAGGCAGAUGAUGAACCUAAGGACACUGCUGGUGAACACAAGGAAAAGCCUGACUCAAAUGAGCUCGCUGUAGAAGCUGCCAGAGAAUCUGAUUCAUUGGCUACCGAGGAGAAUCAGUCAUCCACAGUUCCUGAUAGGAGUGGUUCAGAAACAUCAGUACAUGACCAAGAUUCAAGCUUGUCACAGGAACAAACACACACAAGAGAAGAAAACCAGCAAGAAACAGGCAAACCAGUUUCUGGAGAUGAAAAUCAGAAGCUGCCAGUAUCACCUUCCCAGCAGCCUCAGAGCCCCAAACCAACAACACCUGGCUCAGGUGAGUCUGAGGAGCAGUCAGACCUCAUCACAGCAGAGGCAGGUAAAGGCAAUGUUGCGGCUAGGAGAAAAAUUUAUGAGCCAGAGAACGGAGGAGAUGCCAAUCCACAGCAGUUCAUUGGGGAACCAGAGAAAAAUAAUCCAGAAUCUGAUUCAUCAAGCUGUGAGAAGAGAAAUGGACCAGAGUCAGAUGGCUCAGAGCAUGAGGCAGAUGAUGAACCUAAGGACACUGCUGGUGAACACAAGGAAAAGCCUGACUCAAAUGAGCUCGCUGUAGAAGCUGCCAGAGAAUCUGAUUCAUUGGCUACCGAGGAGAAUAAGUCGUCCACAGUUCCUGAUAGGAGUGGUUCAGAAACAUCAGUACAUGACCAAGAUUCAAGCUUGUCACAGGAACAAACACACACAAGAGAAGAAAACCAGCAAGAAACAGGCAAACCAGUUUCUGGAGAUGAAAAUCAGAAGCUGCCAGUAUCACCUUCCCAGCAGCCUCAGAGCCCCAAACCAACAACACCUGGCUCAGGUGAGUCUGAGGAGCAGUCAGACCUCAGCACAGCAGAGGAAGAUAAAGGAACUGAAUGCAAUGUAAAGCGCCUAGAGAAAGGGUAUGUUGUGAAUAUGAAAAACAAGUUUGAGUCGAAUUAAGGUUCAGGGAAAGGAAGAGAAGGUGAGGAUGAAGAAUAAAACCCUGCUCCUGCUAGCCUAAAGGACGCUGCUGAUAAGGAAGAGUCUGACACAGAUCAGCUUACUGGAGAAAAUGUCAGAGAGCCUGAUUCAUCAGGUAUUCAUCAGGAAAGAAACAAAUUAUGUGACUCUGCCAAGGUGAAGCAGUCAACCACCAUUCCUGAAAAGAAAAGUCCAAAAACAUCAGAACAUGAGCACGAUUCAAAUUUGUUAGAGGGCGAAACAGACACAGGAAAAGACAUAAAGCAAGAAACAGACAAACUUUCUAAAGAUGAAAAUGAAACAGAUAAUGUGGGUGAGUGUGAAGAGCAGUCAGACAGCAGCAGAGCAGAAGCAGAUCAUGGUGAGGGUGGUGUCCAGUGUGACUCAAAAGAAGACCCAGACAACAAGAGUUUGACUGAUUAGGGACAAAAGAAAGGUGAUUCAUACAAUUGGAUAAAUUAGAAAAAGACAAUUAAUUACAGAAGAAGUUGAUGAAAGUGAAAUUGUUUUAAAUACAAUGUAGCAGAAAGGAAAAGAUCAAUACACAGAUAAAGAGUACGGAGGACCACAUCCCAGUCCAGGGGAAGACAAAUAUUUUGCGGGACUGUAGGAAAUUUAUGAUCGAGAUAUGGACAUUGCAGUAACAGUCACUGAGGACAGAAAGCAAAAAAUACGAAGACGUUAUGUAAAUGACAAAGAUGGACAGUUUUCUAUCAGGUCCGCAGUAGAUUGAAAGCAGAUGGGUAGUUUAUCUGUCUCAGUUGCUUGCUCCUUUUUUUUUUAAAGCAAUAUGAUAUAAAAGUUCUCCUUAAAACCAGUGUCCACCCCUGUGGACAAAACAAUAGUGUUUCCAUCGCCUUGUUUCAUUGAUUUCAAGGGGAAGGGGAGUCCAACCCGGUGGCAGGCAUUAAGAAUAUUUCAUCUUGCUAAUAUUCACCGAUCAGCCACAACAUUAUGACCACUGACAGGUGAAGUGAAUAACACUGAUUACACUGAAGGGCCAAAUUGUGAUGCUCAACGACUCUCUUGUGGGGUGUUACCGGUCUGCAGUGAACCGGAAACAGGGUCAUGGGCUGUCUGAGGCUCAUUGAUGCAUGUGGGCAGCGAAGACUGGCCCGUCCAACAGACGAGCUACUGUAGAUCAAAUUACUGAAAAAGUUAAUGCCGGUUCUGACAAAAACAUUAUGACCAUCAGGGUUCCCAGGUGGUCGUAAUGUUGUGGAUUAUCAGUGUAAUUUGUUUAUAGAUCCUACAGAUCUAUCAGUAUUAAACAGACAGUUUCUUAACCAGUUAAAAUCUUCUUGUAGUAUGUUUAAAAGACUUCCCUUGUUUUUUUUGGUUAGACUUCUGAUUCAAAAUUAAUUUUGAUUGACAGCUUGGCCACUGAUUGGUAAAUCUGAAAAACACACAGUAAUUGGGGGUGUGGUAUAGUUAGAGUCAAUAUUUUAUCUCAUUUAAUCUGUUUUCUCUCUUUCACACAUACACACAUGUUUGAAACUGACAUUUUUUACUGUAUUCUGCUACAACGUUUUGGUAGGAUAUCUGAGUUUAUUGAUUAUUUUCAAGUCAAGAGUACCAGAAGUUAAACACUAAUAUUGUUUUUCUCAUGCUAUGACAUUUGAGCUUACACUAAGGUGUAAUACAAGCUUAUGAUAAGCUAAUAUAAGCUUAGCUAAAAGAACGUCAGCGACUAAUGAUUGUUUUCAUGACUUGUUCAUCUGCAGAUUAUUUUCUCAAUUAAUCAAUGAAUAGUUGGAUUAUUGUCGGGACUACUUCUAAAAUUGGACUAUGAGCCUAGGCGAUAUCUUCAAAUGUCUUAUUUUGUCCGAUCCAUCAGGCCAAAACCCAAAGAUAUUCAGUUUGCCAUCAUUUAAGACCAAUAGAACUAAACAACCUCACAAUAAAGAAGUGAGUUUGUUAACUGGCAUUUUUAGCUUGAAAUAUAUGUGAUGUGAUUUUAUGUUGUCUAUCUACAAAUACGUAAAAGUAGCUAUCAUACCCACUUUUAAAGAGGGUUAAUUGUAACAUAUUUGUUCUUCUGUGUAUUUAGAAAUGUUUUGUGCACUGAUUUAUUCUUGUUGAGACCAGCUGAUUUCUGCUAGGCUGUUGUUGUUUUAUGGAGCUCAGGGUAUAUUUGUGCAUAUAUCAUAUAUGAAUACUUGAAUUAUUUUUGAUUUCCAUGAAUAAAAGAUAGAUUUUAUUUUUUAUUUUGCUUACCUUUCUCCUGCUGUUGAUGGAUGUUUUGGAAAUGUUUCUUUGCACUAAUUAUUAAAGGCUAUGCCAGUGUGAGUAGUA